ACGAAAAAGACUCGGAGUACCCUUGAACAAAAAAGGGGGGCGCUGGAUUGGCCAAAGCAACUCAGCAUAAGAACCUUCAACGUUUUGAGCGACUAUUAUAACAUACUUUUUAGUAUUCUGUAUUUGACCUUUUGCUAUUCUCUCUCCAAUUUCGUCGUGAUUCAAUGAUCAUGGCUUCCCAGCUCCUUCGACGCGCCUUCGGAAGCCGUUCGAGCCAGGUCCUCUCCUCCGCCACAAACCCUAACCCCAGCGCUCCGUCUGUAGCCAGGGCCUUCUCUUCCGAUUCCACGCCCAUCCGAGCCACUCUCUUCCCCGGCGACGGUAUCGGCCCGGAGAUCGCCGACUCCGUCAAACAGGUGUUUAAAUCUGCUGAUGUUCCAAUUGAAUGGGAAGAACACUACGUUGGGGACCAAAUAGAUCCUAGAACCCAAAGUUUCCUAACAUGGGAAAGUUUAGAAUCUGUACGACGAAAUGGGGUAGGCUUGAAAGGGCCAAUGGCCACACCAAUUGGAAAAGGUCAUCGUUCUUUGAAUCUUACUCUAAGGAAAGAACUUAACUUAUAUGCCAAUGUUCGGCCUUGCUACAGUCUCCCUGGCUAUAAAACUCGGUAUGAUGAUGUAGAUCUUAUCACUAUCCGUGAAAACACAGAGGGGGAGUACAGUGGACUUGAGCAUCAAGUGGUCAGAGGUGUGGUUGAAAGCCUCAAGAUCAUUACUCGUCAGGCCAGUUUGAGGGUGGCUGAAUAUGCUUUUCACUAUGCAAAGACUCAUGGAAGAGAGAGAGUUUCUGCAAUACACAAAGCCAACAUUAUGCAGAAAACCGAUGGUCUUUUCCUAAAGUGUUGUCGUGAGGUUGCAGAGAAGUACCCUGAGAUUAAAUACGAGGAAGUUGUCAUUGACAAUUGCUGUAUGAUGCUUGUGAAGAAUCCAGCACUUUUUGAUGUAUUGGUGAUGCCUAACCUGUAUGGUGAUAUUAUCAGUGACCUUUGUGCUGGGUUGAUUGGGGGAUUGGGCUUAACACCAAGCUGCAAUAUUGGUGAGGGAGGUAUUGCCCUUGCUGAAGCUGUACAUGGUUCAGCACCUGAUAUUGCUGGAAAGAAUUUGGCGAAUCCAACUGCUUUGCUAUUGAGUUCUGUCACAAUGCUGCGCCAUUUGAAGUUCCAUGACAAAGCUGAUCAGAUCCAAAAUGCUAUCCUCAAAACAAUUGCAGAGGGGAAGUACAGAACAGCUGACCUUGGUGGUAGUUCAUCUACAACCGAUUUUACAAAGGCAAUUUGUGAUCAUCUCUGAAGAGUGUUCAUCCGCAACUGAUUUUACAAAAGGCAAAUUGUGAUUAUCUUUGAAGAAUGUUUCAACAUAGGAAUUCAGUUUUGCAUUGGAGUUGACGACAAAUUAUUUGUUGUGAUUUUCCUAAUGGAGCUAUAUUCAGAACCUUUCUCUAGACCUCUUUUCUAAGGGGAAUAAGACCACAUCACCUUGAUGCUUUGAAGUUCACCUGGUUGCCAACAAAUGCAAAAAUAUUAUAUAUGUUACUAAACAACCAUGGAGAGGUUGAAGGGCGUUCAUGGAUGGAUGAAUAUGGCCUGGUUCAUUUCGAAAUCAGCAUUACCUGCUAUGUUUCAAAACAGACAUAGGUUGGACUCUUCAAAGGGUUCUCAUUUAGACUUCCAGUGCCGUCCUUAGUGGUUUGAUAUUCUUUGUCAAUACAACAUGAAAUAAAAGCAUUAUGAUGUGGUGUUAGUCCUUUUUUAUUGCGUGCCUUUUUGGACUUGGAGGGGUUUGUUUUUGAUGUAUGAAGCUUUUGCGGUGCUAUAUAAUUUUAUUAAUUUCUGUUUCUAAUUA